UUUGAGAGAGAGAGAGAGGGGAGGGGAGGUUUGAGAGAGAGAUAAGAGGGAAAGGCUUUGGGAGAGAGAGGGGGAGAGGCUUUGAGAGAGUGGCGAAAUGAGAUGUGGAGUGAAACAUGUAGAGGGGAGUGAGUGAAGGAGAGAGUGAAGGAGAGAGUGAAGGAGAGAGUGAAGGAGAGAGUGAAGGAGAGAGUGAAGGAGAGAGAGAGAGACUGAGAGUGGAGUGAGAGAGAGGAAGAGAGAGCGGUGAGUCUCGCUGUAUCCCCGACUUCACAUCUGCGUCAAAUCACCGUGAGACUCACACACACAGACUCGCUGCGUUAUUGCUGCACCGCUGACGAUCAACGCCAAGCGUUCACACCCAACCAACAGCCGCCUGAGAUCUGGGGGCCUCUACGUGCAAUGACACCUUGAGACAUGUCGGACCACGAGGAUGACUCAAGGCCCAGGCCGGGAGGUUCAAGGCCGAGGUCAGGAUGGUCGGGAGGUAUCCAGCCUGCGUUGGCAGGGUCAGGGCAUGAGUCAGAAGGGCCUGAAUGUGAGGGGCUUAGUUCGGGCGACGAGGGGAAUAGUUCAGCAGGAUCAGAAGACCUUGGGUCCACACCUGAAGAUCAGGUGCCUAAGUCAAGAGGAUCCGAAGAUCAAUGGCAAGGGUUGGAAGGGUCUGGAGAUAGGGGAUCCCCACUGGGAAGGUCACAGCCUGAGUUGAGAGGAUAUGUAGGCCUGAAGUCUAGCUCCGGGCGAUCAGAAGAGUCUGGAGGUCAGUGGCCAGAAGUGGAAGGAUCAGGAGGCCUAAACGAGUUGGGACCCAGGCAGGGAGGAUCAGGAGUCCUGGGGUACAGACUGGAAGCAUCUAGAGGUCAAGGGCCUAGGUCAAGUGGAUUGGGAGGGUCUGAAGGUCUGGGAACUGGGCAGGGAGGCUCAGAAGGUCUGGGGCCUUGCUCAAGAGGACCUGGAGGUCUGGGGCCCUGGUUCGACAGCCCAGAACAUUUGGGACUUGAUUUGGGUAAGUCGGUGCCGAGGUCAGGAAGAAAUAUAGAAUUAGAAGGGUCAGGAAGUCCGAAGAUCAGGGAGAGAGGUUCUGGAAGAUCAGAAAGUCCCGGUGCAAGCUCUGGAUGGUCUGGAUAUGUAGCACCUGGGCUGGGAGCAUCUGAAGAUGUAGGAUCCGAACCUGGAGGAUCUGACAGUCCUGGCUCCAGGCUGGGAGUGUCAGGGUCCAGAUCAGGAAAACCAGGGGAAUUAGGAGGUCCAGAACCCAGGCUGGUAGAGACAGUCGAUCAGAUAUCUAGGCAAGAAGAACCUGACAUGUUCAGGUCCAUGUCAGCAGGAUCAGAAGGUGCGCUGCCUAAGAUGGCGGGAGCAGGACAUCCAGAACCCAGGUCUAGAGUGUCUGGAUCUCCGAGUCUCAUGUUAGGAGGGAAUGGGACCAGACCUCGAGAAUCAGGAGGGCAAGAAUGUCCAGGCUUCAGGAGAUCUGAAGUUCAGGGGCCCAGGUCAGGAGGGUCAGAAAUAUCAGAGUGUCCUGGGAUGAAACGAUCGAGAGGAUGUAUUGGUCAGGAUCGUGAGAUAAAAUGGUCGGAGUCUGGACCUAAGGGAUCAGAAGAUCUGGUAUGCAAGCUGGGGCAAUCUGGAAGUCUAGAAGCUAGCCUAGGAGGAUCAGGAGGCACUGGACCCACGCUUCGAGGGUCUGAAGAUCGACAGUCUAUACUGGCAGACUCUGGCAUUGGAUCUGGAGGAUUAAAAAAGCCAAGAAGUCGAGAAGAAAUAGGAUCGGGAGGUCAGGUUCUUAGGUCAGGAGGAUCAGAAACGCCAGGAGCUCUUGGGCGUACAGAAUUUGGAGGGAUGGAGCCCAGAUCAGGAGGGUCAGGGGGUCUGGCGUACGGGCCAGGAGGGCCAGAAGGACCUGGUUGUGAAUCGCCUGGGCUUGGAGGAACAGAGCCCAGGUCUGGAGUAUUAGAAAGUCCGGCACCUACGCUAGGACAAUAUACAAGUAUGGGCCCUCGGUCAGGCAAAUCGGGGGUCCCAGGAUCUAAGCCUGGAGAUCCAGGUUCCAUGCUGGGAGGGCCUGAAGGAUCGGAAGAUGCAGUGACCACGCUGGGACAGUCUGGGCAUGUGGGCCUCAACUUUGGGAUAUCUGGAGAGCCAGUGGCAGUGCUGGAAAGAUCAGGCCCUGCGUCAAAAGAAUCAGGAGGAUCAUCAGCUCAUGUGCCCACCUCUGGUAGGAGGCCUGAAGUUGUCGAGUCCAGGCAGAAAGAAUGCGAAGUUGUAGGGCCCCGCUCAGCAGUAUCAGCAGGGUCAGAUCUGUGGCCAAAGAUGGAAAGUUCGGCAAGCCCAGGACCCAUGUCUGGAGGAUCUAGAUAUCUGGGCUCUGUACCGGGAGGAUCUGCAGUUGGGUCUGGUGGUCAAGCGCUCAGUUCAGGAGGAUUGGAAAUAUCAGGGAGCCCCAGGAUGAGAGCUUCAGACCUAGAGCCCAGUUCAGAAGGUUUAGAAUAUAGCUCAGGAGGACCGAAUGGCCAGAGGCCUGGGCUGAGAGGAUCAGAACCUAUACCUGCCGGUUCAGAAGAUCCGGUGCCCAGGCUGAGACGAUCUGUAGGUGUGGGACAUGGCUCAGGAGGAUCUGCAAGACCAGCACCCGUGUUGGAAGCAUCAAGGCCAGGGUCAAAACAAUCCGGAGCGUCGCUAGAUCCUGGACCCGGCUCCGGAGGAUCCGGAGGCGCAGGGGCCAAAGCAAAUGGAUCAGGAGGAGCGCGACCGGAGCCGGGGAUUCGAGGGGCCUCAUCGGAAGGAUCAGAAGCUGUACGGUGCAAGCUGGCGGCGGCUUUGUCAGGAGGAUCGGCCUGCCCAGGGCCCCGGCCCGGAGAACCGAAAGGCCUACGGGCCGGCCGCGGGGCACCAGGGGACGCAGGGCCGCCUUGCGGAGGAGCGGGAGGCGCGGGAUCCAGCUGCAGCCGCUGCGGGGGAGCGCUGGGCCACGGUGAACGAGUGCGUGUCACGGGGACCGGGGCACAGUUCCAUCCCGCCUGCUUCGUCUGCGCCCAGUGCUUCCAGAGGCUCCCAAAGGGCCUCUUCUUCGAGUUCGAAGGGCGAAUGUUCUGCGAGAGAGACUUCAUGGUGCUGUACUCACCUUGCUGCAGGCUGUGUGGGGAGUUCAUCAUUGGCCGAGUGAUCCGUGCCAUGAACUGCGCCUGGCACCCCGCCUGCUUCCGCUGUGACGCGUGCGGCGCGCAGCUAGUGGGGAGCGGCUUCGUGAGGAGCGCGGACAGGCACCUGUGCCACCCGUGCCACGCGGCGGCGGUGUCACGUGGGAGGGGUCCCAGCUCGCUGUGCCGCCGCUGCCGCCUCCCCAUCGAGGGCGGCGCCCUCGUGGUGGGGGGAGACGCCUUCCACCCCGAGCACUUCAGCUGCGGCGGCUGUGGGCGCGAGCUGGGCGAGGACUCGGCAGAGGAGGAGGGGGCGGGCGGCACAGCAGCAGCCGGCGGCCCCCGCCUGCUGUGCCGCCCGUGCCGGGACCGUGCGGGCCCCACGUGCGGGGCGUGCCGCAGGCCCCUGGAGAGCCGCGGAGUGAGAGCCAUGGGCAGGGACUGGCACGUGGAGCACUUCGUCUGUGCCAAGUGUGAGAAGCCGUUCCUGGGCCACCGGCACGUGGAGCGCAACGGCCUGGCCUACUGCGAGACGCACUACAACCAGCUGUUUGGUGACAUCUGCUUCCAUUGCAAUCGCGUGGUGGAGGGAGACGUCCUCUCGGCGCUCAACAAGACGUGGUGCGUCUCGUGCUUCUGCUGCUCCGCCUGCCACGCGAAGCUCUCCGUCAAGACCCGCUUCGUGGAGGUUGACCAGAGGCCCGUCUGUAAGCGCUGCUUCUCGCGGCUGCCGCAGGAGCUGCGUCGGAGACUCGCGGCGCGGGGACGCGAGACGCGGGCCCAGCGCGGGGCGCGACCCUAGUGG